AUGGCUGUCGAUAUCGCCGAAGACCGUUUGCGGUUGCCGAACCCCCCGCCUCUGCUUCAUACUCGCUCGGCCAAUGAUGCCCUCGGUCGCCCUGCCACUCCCAAUGAUGGCUUCACCAGUCCCCCUCAGACCCCGCAGGGCAGUCCCAGCAAGACGCGCGCACCGCCUGGCGCGCUCGACCUGCCCAAUGCCUUUGACAAGGUCAUGAAGUUAACCCCCACUUCGCCUACUAAGAACACCCACAACCACUACAACCAUCCCAUGUUUACGGACAAACCUGGCGGGGAGGACUUCAACGAGAGUGUCAUCCAUCAGCGCCCCUCAAGCCCCACGCGCAAGGCCAACAAGGAGAACACGCCCCCAUCAACCCGUGCGCCUAAAGACCUCCUCGGAUCAAACCCGACUGCGGCCGCACUCUCGCGCCAUGAGCCUUACCAGCAGCGGGAUACGGAUACGUCCAAGCGCCAGGUUCAGCUGCGCGGGCUGACACCGGAGGAAAUAGAGAAAUUGCAGCAGCCUCGCGUCAAGCGUUUGGUGAAUGUGACUCAACUCUACUUCCUCGAUCACUACUUCGACCUCCUCAGCUACGUCCACAACCGUCACACCCGCCAUACCCAAUUCAAAGCCGCCUGUCCUGAACCCCCCGUGACCCCGGCCGAGGAGUACGAGCCUCAGUUGUUGAAAUACCUCGGUCGCGAACGCGCCCAUUUGCGCAAGCGUCGGACGCGUCUGCGCCAGCAUGAUUUCCAGAUCCUAACCCAGGUCGGCCAGGGCGGUUAUGGACAGGUUUACCUGGCACAGAAGAAGGACACGCGCGAAGUUUGCGCUCUAAAGGUCAUGAGCAAGAAGUUACUUUUUAAGCUGGACGAGAUUCGACACAUUCUAACCGAACGCGACAUCCUGACUGCUGCCAAGAGCGAGUGGCUCGUCAAGUUGCUGUAUGCUUUCCAGGACGAUAACCAAAUCUACCUGGCCAUGGAGUAUGUCCCUGGUGGAGAUUUCCGAACUCUGUUGAACAACACCGGUGUCUUGCACAACCGACACGCCCGAUUCUACAUCGCCGAGAUGUUCAGCUGCAUUGACGCACUCCAUAUUCUUGGGUACAUUCACCGUGAUCUUAAACCAGAGAACUUCCUGAUCGACUCAACCGGCCACGUUAAGCUGACCGAUUUCGGUUUGGCCGCCGGCAUGCUGAGCCCCGGCAAGAUCGAGUCGAUGCGCGUCAAGCUGGAAGAAGUCGGCAAUACGUCCGUCCCCUUUGGCCGUCCGAUGGAACAGCGCACAAUGGCCGAGCGACGACAAGGUUACCGCACCAUGCGCGAACGCGAAGUCAACUACGCCAAGUCGAUCGUCGGCUCACCCGACUACAUGGCGCCCGAGGUGCUCAAGGGCGAACAGUAUGAUUUCACCGUGGACUAUUGGAGUCUGGGAUGCAUGCUUUUCGAGGCACUCGCCGGCUACCCGCCUUUUGCAGGUGCAACAGUUGAUGAGACGUGGCAGAACCUCAAGCGCUGGCAGAAGGUACUGCGCAAGCCCGUCUACGAGGAUCCCAACUAUUUCCUGUCUCGCCGAACAUGGGAUCUCAUUACCAAGCUCGUUGCAGCCAAGGAGACCCGGUUCAAAAAUAUCCAAGAGAUCCACGCUCAUGACUACUUUGCCGAGGUGGAUUUCAACAAGCUACGUGAACAGCGCGCACCCUUCGUGCCCGAACUCGACUCGGAGACUGAUGCCGGCUACUUUGACGAUUUCAGCAACGAGGCCGACAUGGCCAAGUACAAGGAGGUGCAUGAUAAGCAGCGCGCACUGGAGGAUAUGGCCGACCGUGAUGAAAAGAUGAACAAGGGCCUGUUUGUCGGAUUUACCUUCCGCCACCGCAAACCCGCCGUCGAUACCUCAGGUCGUAACUCCCCCCGCAAGCCCAUCUCCACAGACGGUUCCAACUUUGGAACCAUGUUCUAG